AUGAGUCGGCGCGCGGAAAUCAACUACGAACGAGCUAAAUUUGUUGAUACGUUUGAGGCGGUGUUCUUUGAUCAUCAUGAAGGUUCAUGGUUUGAUUUCAAUAUGUAUACCGGCGAACGAGUCGACGAUUCUUAUCCUUCGAUGGCUGUGCCACUGUUCACCGAAUGCUACAGCAGUCUAAAUAAUCCUAUGCUCGUCGAAGUUCUGGAAACGCUGCAUCGCAAAGGCUUACUACAGUUUCACGGCGGCAUACCAGCAAGAGUAAUCGGGAGAAUUCGGAGAGAUAAUUUGUUUGCCGCUGCAAUGAAUCUGUAUUCACAGAGUUUUUAUAAAGAUGAUCGAGGACCAGUAGUUGGACGAAGAGCGGAACUGGACUAUAACACUAUUUCCUCGAAUGUGGUUAAGACUGUUGAAACUGAGCUCAUUGCAGUGCAACAAAGCAUAUUUGAUAAGGAGCUCGAAUCAGCUUUGGGAUUAUCCGAACGGCUUUGCUCCAAUCAAUCACAUGGUUAUCGAGGCAUGCAACAAAAAGCAUUCGAAUUAGCAAAUCGAUGGAUCAAUCGAAACUAUCGCGUUUAUCAAAGCGAUCACAAAUUAUGGCAAAGAUAUGAUGUCGCCAAAGAUUACAUUCGAACCGCGAAAGGAGGCGAUUACGAUAAUCAGGAAGGAUACGGUUGGACGAAUGGCGCAUUAUUAGAUCUGAUGGUAACCUACAGCAAACGGAUCAGUACAUCGGAGGUGAAGCCAGUCGUGGUGGAAUCGUCCGGAGCCGGCAGUGAACCAGUGGAAAUACUACUGGAAAAGCUAGAACAUGUAUUUGGUUCCUGGACUGUUGUUAAGAGGCGUUUGAUGCGCGCUGCUGCCUACAUUCUCAAAUGCAGCUGA